GUCUCAACGCCUGAAGCGCGUGGUGGCCUCCACCGUUGCAGCAGAGACGCUGUCAUUGAGCAGCGCUGUGGCUGAAGCCCAGUGGCUUCAGGUGCUUUGGCGCGACGCUGUGCACGGGGACGUGCCGCGCCCGGACUGGUACGAAGUGGCCGCCCCUUUUUCGGUCGUGAUGUCUCGAGAAUGUUCUCUGGGAGAGAAAGCCGAGGCGCUCUCGGUGGUCGACGCUAAGAGCGCGUUCGAUACCCUUUCCCGCAACACCGCUGGAUCGCGUGCGGACCGGCGGAAUUCCGUGGAGUUGGCGGUUGUAAGAGACAGCAUGGCGAGUAUAGCCCCCGGAGAGGGCAAGGCUGGCGCGGCGGCAGGACCCGUCUUCCUCGGCUACGAGGCCGGGGCCGUGGUGUGGGCGGACAGGGGCCAGGGGGAGCUGAGGCAGGUCGAGUCCAACAUCGCCGACGUACGUGCAGUGCUCGCCGACGGUGGCGCUGCAGACGACGAGGGCGACUGGGACACGGACGGGUUCGGCUUGGCGCCGAGCUGGGAUGCGUUCCACAAGGCCGUGAUCGACAGGCGCCUGAGCAGCGAGGCUCCUGGUGACGGACCGCCAGCUUGGCCAGCGGGAGCGCUGGGGCGCACACCACGCUCAAGAGCCAGCUCGGCAGGCAGCGCAACCAGAGGCUUCGCAGAUCAGGUUGCCAAGGCGAACGCGGAGCGAGCGCAUCACCAGCAACGCCAUGCCGAAGCUGAGCAGGAGUUCGCUGCCGAGCUGGCGGAGGUCAGGAGGGUUGCCCGCGAGCAGGCGCUCCGCCACAACGGCGAGCAGGCGAAGCUCAGACUGGCCUUGAAGGAGGAGUCAGAGCAGCUGCAGCGCACCACCGAGGCGGAGAGCGCAGCGCAGCAGCUACAGCAGCAGCAACACAAGGCCCUCCGGCACGAGAUCAAGCAGCAGCAAUCCGCGCAGCUCGAGUUCGCGACGCAGCUGGAGGCCAGGCUCCUCAACCACGACGCCGCCUACAGUCACGUCAAGUCUGAGGCCGAGGCGGAGUCCCAACGUGCGAAUCGCCUGCUUGAGCAGCUCGAGUGUGCUCGUGCGGAGCACCGCGCUCAGCCUCAGCCCCAGGAGAAGGUCUACCAAGACCUGAUGCGGGCACGUGAUGAGGUGCAGGAGGCAUGGCAGCAGGCCCAGCACGAGCACGCCAAGGAGGUGAUCAUGGAAGAGAAGCUGCAGGAGGCCAAGAAGGACCACAUGCUUGAGCUGGAGGCCGCAACCAAGUCAGCCAGGAUCCAGGCGAUCGCCCAGGCCCAGACGGUCGCCAAUGCCAAGGGAAAAGGAGCCCUACCGCCGGCAGAGGCGGCCAGGCUGCAAAGCAUCGUCCAGACCGCAGCAAGACAGCAGGACCGGCUGAAGCAGACCAGGAGCGAGUUCGAGGCAGCUGAGGCCCGCAUCCACGAACUCCAGCAGCACUCCAAGCUUGAGGCAAGGGCAGCACAGCGUGCAGUCCAGGUUGCCUAUCAUGAAGCAGCGGAGCUCAGGAGUGCCAACGAGGAGCGGCAGGUCCCGCAUGAGGUGCAGGCCCUGCAGUAUGCCCUGCUAAGGACCAGAGCAGAGGAGGAGGAGAUAGCGAAGGCCAGUCUGAAGGAUAAGGCGCACGCAUAUGACUUGCAGCUGCACACCGAGAGCCUGCGACAGGAGCUGGGCAGCUACGCGAUGCAGCUGAGCGAGCAGAGGUCCAGCGCGGAAGUGCAGGAGCAGGCGCUGGAGGAGGAGCUCGCCCAGGCCCUCACCUUCAGGAUCGCCAGCAUGGAGGAGGCCUCCGCCAUGGAAGCCGUUGCCAGCCAGCAGAGGACUGGCAGGGGGGAGGCCAUUCAUCUCGCUCUACAAGACAGCCUCCAGCGCUCCCGCACGCUGCACACCGAGCUCAACGCCAUCGCGCAGAAGGAGAAGCAUGGCGCAUCCGAGACAGAAGAGCUAAAGCGUAGGCUGCAGAGCCUAGAGGCCAUAGCAGCCAGCAGAGAACGCGAACGCAAAGCCAUGGUCGACCUGUACGCCGAGAUGAGGGAAUGUGGCCAGGAGGGCUACGACUUCACGAAGAGGGCAGCUCAUCACCUAGUCCAAGGAGGCCACCUACCAACAUCCCAGGAGUCCAUGGGCGACUACCAGGAGGCCGCCGACCUGUGCGAGAAGGUGAUCUACAUCCCAGCGUCGCCAGCGCCUCCGAGUGAGAGAUCUCUCACGCCCAAAGUACCCAUCGGGACUGGAGAGCAGGGCGACCAAGACGGCAGAGAGGGGGCAGACAGCUUCGUACUGACCCCUCCCCCUGCCUCUCAGCAGAGCGCGGAGGCGGCAGCCGCCAGCGUCGAGAGGCAGUGCGAAGGCAUCGACAUCCUCACGCGCCAGCACACCUCAGCUGCCGCCGCAGCUGCAGCCCUCGAGGAGGUCAGGGUCCCGAGGGGCCACGACUCCAACUUGGGAUGCUACCGCAGCUGGCGCUCGCAGUGGGAGGAUGACGCCCAGACGCAGCAGCCGGCAACUGGAGUGCUCCCAGUCACCAGGGUCUCGAGGGGCCAAUGUGACACCACCACGGCCGACACGAAGGCCGCCCGCCGCGUCUCGAGGGGCGCCAGGUCACAAGCCACCGAGAUGGCUGCAAGGAUGCGUUACCGGCUGCCCUCGCACAAAGGCGCCCUUGCAGUGCUGCCAGUCCUUGGCCACGACCCAAUAGCAGAGACCCUGCGAGGCCGGGGCCGCGUCAAUGUCUGCGCCGAAGUCGACGCCACGACCCUCCACAACAUGGCAAGGCUAGCUCUGGAGAUGUGCCCAGCACGUGAACUUCCGAUUAAACGCACGCACAUCUAUACAGACGGCAGCUACAACGGCAUCCCGCACACAGCAGCCGUGGCGGUGAUCAUUGUCGCCGAGUACGACGACGGGCGCAGCUCACGAGGCCCUUUCGGCUUUCGGGGUUUCGUUGCUGGCAAGGUCACCGAGACUCUACACGACAUGGCUGACAACGAGAAGGUGACGGCAUACACGGCUGAGCUCACGGCAGUGCUGCGGGCGCUCUUGUGGACCCUCGGUCAAGACACCACCGCCCCCAUCGAGAUCACGCCUGACGCCCUCAACGUCAUCGACCUGGCCAAAGGAGAUGCCCAAUGCCACGUGCAUCCACGACUUGGUGCCGCGAUUCGGUCUCUUGCUGGCCUCCUCGAAGAUGCUCGACCUACUCAGUGGCACCACAUCAACUCGCAUAUUGGCCACCCUUGGAACGAACUUGCAGACGGAGUAGCAGAUCAAGCUUCGACCACCGACCUGAUGGGCCCGAAUCUAGCAGCAGUGCAGGCGAUCGCGCACAACAAGUUUCUAUCCUGGGAGUGGUUUCGCUCAGCGCCUGAGGACGUCAAGGCCGCGGACCCUCCCAUGCGAGAUCAGUCCUUUAUUAUUGGGGCCACCCAGCCGCAGGCAGCCCCCAGUGCUAUCCAGCGGCCCAUCAGCACGAGCACCAUCAAGGCCGACCUCAGCCUGAAUCUGUGCACCUACAACUGCAGAUCACUCAAGGCUGCCGUAAACUUCAAGUCGGGCAAAGGCAAGGCGGCCAGCAAAAGCAGGCAGAGCAUUUCCAAGGUUACACAUCUAGCAGCCCAGUUCUCGGACAUGGGCCUCCGCAUCGUGGCCCUCCAGGAGACGCAGGGCGACGGAGACGCCCGCAACCGGUUGGCCGCCAAGUACCUCGCGGACAUCUUCAUGGGGGACCUGAACGGGCGGCUCGGCGACUACGAGUCCCCAGGAGUCGGCACCAGUGGGUAUCCUGAACUCACCAAUGGCAACGGCAAGCGCAUCAUAAGCUUCGCAGCCGACACCGACAUGGAAGUCAUCAACACUACGAAGCUUCCAGGAACCAACUCGUAUACGCAUAUUGGAUCUAAAGGGCAGCGCCACCGGAUUGACUACAUCCUGGUGAGCUCCUCUAUCGCCCCGUACGUGACGAGCUGCAGCGCGGAGCCAGGGCUUGACCGAGGCACCGCUGCACAAUACCACAUACCAGUACUCGCCACCCUCAAGUGGGCCGCCAGCAAGACCACCAAGGCCUCAGGGCCGCGGCCCGACCUGACCAACCUAAGUAACGAUGACGCCAAGACUAGAUUCAAGGAGAUUCUCAAGCAGGCCCCGAUCAUCCCCUGGGAGGUGGACGUCAACACCCACUGCGAGGAGGUCACCAGAGUCGUCAACAACGCGGCCAUCCAGGCCUUCGGCAAGGCCGUCAAGACAGCUCGGAAGCCCUACAUCACCAAGACCACCAUGGGCCUCAUCCGAGCGAGGCGCCUCGCACUUCGCGUCCACCGUGCAGUGCUUAGAGGAGAAGCCCAUGACGACCGCCCUGGCCGAAUAGUGGCCCACGCCCACUCCCUUCUCGGAGGCGAGGUCGGCGCCUCACUGGCCCUGUGGAGCACAGAGCGCGGCGACGACGACGGCACCAUCCACGACAUCCACUACUGCGCGCACCUCCUCCUGAACUGGAUGAUCCCGCCCAUGGACUACGCCAUGGCCAUCCACUCCUUCAUCGCUAGGUCUGGACUGCUCACUGCCUCGGCCGUCGAGAAGGACCGCAGCGCUUUCCUCAGCCGGCUAGCAUCAACUGCUUCCUCCGCCUCUGCUGCGAACGACGCGGCGGCUCAGUGGAAGGCUUAUCGGGACCUGCUGAGGUAUGGCGGCAAGAAGGCGCGGUUUCCAGCGGGCAAGCCGAUGCGGCUGGACCAGAACGGAAAGGUGGUCCACAACUCCCAGGACAUGGCCGACCAGGAGCUCAACCACUUUGCGAAGAUACAGGCAGGCAAGAUCGUGACAGCGGGCGACCUCACCCACAAGUACAACCAGGACAGCCAGGCCAGGCCCUUCGAGGGCACGCCGGACCUCUCCAUGGUGAUGCCCCUGUCCGUCUGCCAGGCCCAGCUGGCCUCGGCCAAGGCUGGGGCGCAAGGAGGCCCUGACGGGCUCACGAAAGCCGUCCUCAGGGCGGCACCUGCCGAGGCGGCUGCGCUACUUCACCCGCUCUUCACCAAGGUGUCGACCACGGUGCGGGGGCCGCUGAGCUUCAAGGGCGGAGACCUGGUCGCAAUCCCCAAGGGCAAGGGCGACCCCCGCUACCUCCUCGCAUACCGCGAGAUCCUCUUGAACAAUGUCCUGGGCAAGCACCGCCACAAGUACCUGAGGACCAUGCUCAACGCCACCCUCGCCAUAGCGCUGGAGGACAUCCAAGUCGGCGGCCGGCCCAAGCGAGGGGCCGACAUGGCGGUCCUAGCAGCGCGCCUCUUCACCGAGAGAAGCCAGGCCCAGGGGAAAUGCUCCAUGAUCAGCUGCUAUGACCUAAAGGAGGCUUUCUACUCGGUCGUCGUCCAGCUGGUCCACGGCAUCCCAGGCGAAGAGGACGAAGUCAGGGAGGUGCUCGACAGCUUAGAAGUUCCCCUGUGGGCCCAGCCGCAGCUGGAGCACCUUAUGGCUAACCCAGGGAUGCUCGACACCGUGCUGGAUGGUUCCCACCUGGCUGCCCUCAUUGCCGAGGGUUACCGCAACAGGUGGACAUCGCACCGCUUCUCCCAGAGCUUCAUGGCGCCGCACAAAGGCACAAGGCCUGGCGUGCCUCUCGCUGACGCUGACUUCAACCUGCUCUUCGGCCGCGUCCACCGAAUGCUCGACAGCUACCUUGGGCAGCGAGGGCUACGG